AUGUGCCGCUACUACGCCCACAGCCACAUCUGCGGCCACACCAACACCGUCUUUGCUGCUUACUGUGCCCCUGCGGCCCUGAAGCAGCGCCCCUGCUCCGGUGGCGAAAUCUGGCAGACGCUCAAGAUGGACCAGGUGUGCGCCAUCUGCAGCAACAACAACAAUGGCGAUACGUCUUCGAGCGUGAUCAACGCGAGGAUGGCUGUUGGCAAGACGGCCGGCGCUGGAAGACGAUAA